AUGUCACAGCGCCCCUCCCCGCGCAAGGGUUCGCGGGGUUCGCGGGUUGGCAAAAGGCCCACGCGGCACUGGCACGGGCUGUCGGCCGUGGCGGCGCUGACGCUGGUGACGACGGCGACGACGACGGCCCCAGAACUGGCGGCCGAGCUGGCGGCGGCCGACGGAGCGGUGGUGGAAGUACUGGCGGCGGUGGCUGCGGCGAGACAAGCAGCCAGUGCUCGCGCGCCACGGCGCGGCGGCCCGUCGCGUGACGCCGCGCUGGAGGCGCUGGCGGCCGACGCUGUCGCCGCGCGCAAGGCCGGACGGCUCGGCACGCCGCUGCUGCGGGCGGUGGCGCGCAAGCUCGGGCAGGGGGAUCGGCUGGCGGACGCAGCCAAGGGCCUCGAGACCGAGUUGGAGGCCGUCCUCCGCGACUAUCACAAGCUGAAGGCCAAGCACACCAAGGCGCUCGGGCGGGCCAAGGUGCUCAAGGACGGCCUGCGCCGGUCCAAGGCCGCCCGUCGCGACGACGCUGCCACUACCUCGGCGCUCAUCAAGUCGGCGCACAGCUACAUUGACGCCAACGUCCGCGCCCGCUUUCCGCAGGCGCGAUUUCCGGCGCUCGCCACCCUCCCGCCGCUCCCGGCAAACGUCAAGAUCAAGGACGUGAGCGCGCUGCUCAAGUCCCUCGUCCGCGCCCUCCUCGCUGACAUUGUCACCCUCCUUGGAGCCUCGGGUGCCGGCUCGUCGUCGGCGGCCGCAGCCGAGACCAAGGCUGUCGCCGCAAAGGUCGCCGCCCAAGUCGCUCGCCUCCGCGAUGAUGACAUGGCAGCGCUGGAGGCCUACAAGACCGAGGCACAAGCCCGUGUGGCCGAGGCGCUCGAGAGGCUCGCCCUCCGCGAGAGCGAGCUUGUCGCUGACAUUGAGAUGGAGCGCGACGAGCUGGAGUAUCAGAUCGAGAGCCUCCGCCGCGAACUUGCCAGCGCGCAGCGUUGCGCGCCGUCGGCCAACUCGAGCCCGGCACCGCUUGCUGCUCACCACACCUCGCUCGCCGCCGCUGAGGCUGCGUUCGAGUCGUUGCUAGCCGACGCCGACGCCCGCGGCGCCAGCUCGCCCGACGCCGCUGCUGCUGCCGCCGUCGCCACAGCCCUGCUUAACCUGCCCGAGCCGCCGCCGGCGGAUAUGGGCGACUACGAGGGCGACGACGUCCGCGCCCAGUGGAGCGUCUCUGAAUGGGACUCGGCGCUUGCGCUCGAGCGCGAGCGGCGAGCGGCGCUUCAGCACCGCUAUGAGGCUGUUGUGGCCCUCCUCCACGACCGGACCAAGGACGCGCUGACCGCGGCGACUCGCCUGCCCGCACAAGGCGGUUCCACAGUCUCACCGUCCAAGGCUGCGGCACUCAAAAGCCGGCUCGAAGCCGAGCUUGCGUUCUCAGAUAAGCUCCGCGCCACCGUCGAGCGGCUGCAGUUUGAGCUCGAGGAAGCCCGCGCCGAACUGGCUGCACUGAGAGAGCAGUCGAUGGCGCAGGUGGCAGCACUGUCGCCGCCACACCGGCCGCAUGCCCAUCUCGAUCUCUCGGACAUUUACUCGCACGACCACAUGGCGCUCGAGGAGCUCCACGCCAAGCACACCGCACUCGCCGAGCGAAUGGCGCAGGUCCAGGCUGCGCGGGUAGCAGCCGAGGCCCGUGCCGAGGCCGCCGAGGUCGCCGCCGCCGCCGCCGCCGCCGCCGCCGGCGAAAACGACGCUGGCCUUGCAGAUGUCUACGCCCACGACCACAAGGCGCUUGCUGAGGCCCAAGCCCGAGCCGAUGAACUUGCCGAGCGGCUGGUCAAGGCGCUCGAGGGCAAGGCGGCGGCCGAGUCACGGGCAAGUACUGGAGCAAGCGUGGCGGCUGAGGAGCUUCGGGCCGAGCGCGAUGCGGCGCGGGCACACGCAGCCCGGCUGGAAGACGACCUCGCGUUCUACGUGGCGCAUUUCAAGGACCUGACCGCCGACGAGGUCGAGCUCUCACGAGUCGAGCUCCUCACUAAGCGAGUCGAGCUACUGCAGCACGAGCUCGCUUCCGAGCGGGCCAAGGGACGCGGCUCGGAUCCCGAGUGGGAGAUGGUCCUUCGCGAGAAGCGCCAGCUUGAGGCGCAGGUCCGCAACCUGUGGGCCCGCAAUCGUACGCUCGAGGGCGAGAGCGGCGGACAGAGCGACGUCUCGUCCACGGCGCUGCACGAUGCCGAGCUCGAGCGGACCAAGCUUGCUAACCAGCUCCGGCUUCUCCAGGAACGGUUCAAUGUCCGCGCUGCCGCCGACGAGUACGAGCUGCAGCGGCUGCGGGCGCAGGUGGCGGCAUCGCGGCGGCGGCCUGCCACGGCGACGUCAGCAGGCGGAGCAGCCGCAGAGCCGCAUCCAGACACACCAGCGCCGCAAUCGCGGCGACGGCGGCGGCGGCCCGGAGCCGAAGCUGACCCGUCAGCCGUUCUCUCCGAGCUCGAGGUGACGCGGCUCGAAUCGGAGCUCAACGCAGUCCGCCGAGAGCGGAGCGCAGUCGAUUCGGAGCGUAAGCGGCUCGAGGCAGCGCUGGUGGCAGCACAGAGUGGUCGGCAGCGGGCAGCAUGA